GAGAGAGAGAGAGAGAGAGUGGGACGUACGACGAAGUAAUUGCAUUUCCGGUUUUUCCUAAGCGAACGCGUAAUACAACACGCACACACAAGCACCAACACAAAAGAAUCAGCAACAAAAGAUAGAAAAGUUGUCUAUUUUCUCAAGUUAUUUCUCUAUCAGAAAAAACGAGUGCGCGGUACAACGGAAGUGAAGAGAUCGGAACACGGGAGAGUAACGAGAGAACGGGAGAAAGGAAGAUCGCGAGAGAGAGAGAGAGAGAGAGAGAGAGAGAGAGAAAGAGAGAAGCGAGAUAUCACGAAGAAGAGCGUGCGUCGGCUGUUUACGGAAGACGGGAUAAUCGCAUUUUAAGUUCUCUCUAUACUGUGUGACCCUUACAUUAUUUUGUCCCCCCGAUGGGGACGGGUUCAGUGUUGUAACUUAGGAUAUAAGAAAACUACACACAAAAAGUUCCGGAGCGUUCAACAAAAAGAGAGAGCAACGAGAGACUGGAAUUUCGAACGAGAGAAGAAGAGGAGGAAGAAGUGUCAAUUGUGACAUACGUGACAACGCGUUCACGGUAAAAAAGAACGUUUGGAAAAAACAAGGGGAAGAGAAAAUCGCGAGAAGCUGUCAUCAGAAGAGAACGAAGGGAACGACGAAGGAAAAUUUAAGGACGUUCAAGAAGAAGGCUGGCUCCGGACCGCGUGAUGUAGAAAAAAAAUCAAUGGAGCUCCAAUUUUUUAUACUAGCAAAAGAAUCUAAGAAAAAAGCGUGAAAGAGUGAGAGCGAGGGCAAAAAAAAAAAAAGAGAAAAUCGGAAAAGUCAAGGUACACGAAAAAAAAGAAGUGAGACGGAAAUCGAUUCUGUUUCGUGUUUCCGCGUGCACCUCCACGUGUGUGUCCUUCGGCGCGACAAAACUGCGAGAAGCUCAAUCGCGAGAGAUCUCUCUCUUGCUUCGAGAGAGUGAGCGAAAGGAGAUUUAACGGAAGAAUCGAGACACGACGCGCUCGCGACAACCGUCGAUCGAUAUCCGUUCUCCGAAUAUAAUAAUAAUCCAGCUCGUGUGCGCGCUCCUCUGGGGGAUAUGUCCUGCCGUUCUAAAGAGAGUCGUCGUCAUCCGGGAGCGCAACCUUCACGAGGACAACAUCAAUCCGAGCGCCGUCCCUGCGUUCUGGAAGCCACGAUCGGCAAGCUGUCCUGACGAAAACAGGACUGUGUUCUCAACUCGUGCCGCUCGAAGCAGCGCGAUCAUCAGCGUAUAACCGUCAUAUCAGACACGCGAUCGUCGUCACCGAACCAGGCGGCGACUCCACCAAGAAAAAGGAUCCAUUCAGAGAUGCCCAGCAGGGCCCAGCUACGCUCGCGUCUCGCCUAUGCUCAAGGACGAUGACGAUCGGCCACGGCGAUCGGUAAGAUCCAAGCAGCGCGAGUACGCGCCAGCAUCACGGAGAUGGCGGGUUACAAUCACUCGAACCCACAGCGUGUCGUCUACCACGCGACUUACCCGACGCCCCUUGCCCCAAACGGCGACCCGAUAAAGCUUCCCGAAAAUCUGGAAACCUUGCCGCGAGCUGAACACUUUCCAACUCAGAGGCAUCGAUGGAACACCAACGAGGAAAUCGCCGCUAUUUUAAUCAGUUUUCAGAGGCACGCCGAAUGGCAAAGUCGGGAGGUAAAAGUACGACCACGAAGUGGUUCGAUGUUACUGUACUCGAGGAAGAAAGUACGCUACCGACGGGACGGUUAUUGCUGGAAAAAGAGAAAAGAUGGGAAGACUACACGGGAAGAUCAUAUGAAACUGAAGGUCCAGGGAGUCGAGUGCAUCUACGGCUGUUACGUGCACUCGGCGAUCNUUCCGACGUUUCAUCGCCGGUGUUACUGGCUACUGCAGAAUCCGGAUGUUGUUCUCGUCCAUUACUUGAACGUUCCUUAUCCGGACGGUGAUGCGAAGCUGGCGGCUUUGCCACCUUGUCUCGCACUGCCGCCAGACAAGAAAGAGUGGACGCGAGACGAGCUGGCGUCGCAAUUAAGGCCCAUGUUCCUCGGUGGAGAUGACAAUCCUCAUCUUACACAGAAUCAUUCUGUCGACAUGAUAGUCUCUCAACUGCUCGACAGACAGAGGGCAUUUUCCACCUCCUCCACCAGCAACACGCAACUUGCACCUAGGAGACUUACGCCCGACAAUCAGGUAUCUUCAACAACGGGAGGUCAGCAACCGUCGACGACAGCGGCUCCGGCUCCCCGCGUAUACUCAAGACAUUCCCAUUCCGCUCAGAGUCAACAGCCGGCUCCUCUAGUUUUAAGUUUACAACAAAUCCAAGGCGGUGGUGGUCUUCUGAUACUCAACAGUCAAUCAUAUCAUCAUCAGCAGCAGCAACAGCAGCAACAGCAGCAGCCGCAGCCAUCGCAGCAGCAGCAGCAGCAGCAGCAACAGCCGCCACAACAGCAGCAGCAGAGUCAGCAGGUGGAGAUGCAACAGGUCAAACAGGAGCAGCAAAUUGUGCCACAGACAAGCGUCGACCGAGAACAGCAAACGCUCAAACAGGAAAUCGAUGCACAAGACAGCAUAGACAGAUCAGCCGUGCAGCCUCUGUCAAUUGGUGGCACUAGCUCGGAGAUGACCGAUUUUGCGGAGACGCUGGAUCUGAGUCAAGAGGAUAUUCAGAGGACACUAUCAGCCAACAUGGUGCCGCCUUCGCCGUCGCCCUCGCCGGCUGAUAACAACAUGAUCAAUCCGAUGGAUUUCAUCGAUUCGUCGGAUGAUGUGCUGGUGAAUCUGGACGCGUUCGAUGUAUUCGGCGAUUUGCCGGAGCUGCACGACUUCGAGCCCGAACAGACGAAGCACGAGGAACAGCGGGGUGGUCCCGAGAACGACGUCGGAUGUCAUCCUGGUACAACCGUCCAUAUUGCAGAGUAUAGUCCUGAGUGGAGUUACACCGAAGGUGGUGUAAAGGUAUUAGUUGCUGGUCCUUGGACUGGCGGUAGUGGUUCUCAAUCAUACUCGGUGCUUUUCGACACGGAACCGGUUGAGGCAUGCCUCGUGCAACCAGGUGUAUUGCGUUGUCGAUGUCCCGCGCACGCGCCAGGAAUAGCGUCCCUUCAGGUGGCCUGCGACGGUUUUGUCGUGUCCGAUAGCGUUGCCUUCGAAUAUCGUAGAGCGCCGACGAGCNAACCUAGCCCAGAAAAAGCUUUACUAGAUCGCCUUGCGGACGUCGAAGCCCGUCUGCAGGGCCCUGGUCCGCCGUCUCCCGCAGNUCAUCUGGAAGAGCGACUGGUUGCUUAUUGCCAGGAUGCUGUUGUCCGUCCUUGGCGAGCUGGAGCGGAACCUCUUCAAUCCGGUGGGCCUACUCUCCUACACUUGGCAGCCGGAUUGGGAUACUCCAGAUUAGCCUGUGCACUCCUUCACUGNAGAGCGGAAAAUCCUAGUAGCGUUUUGGAUGCCGAAGUCGAUGCUCUUAGGCAGGAUAGCGCCGGCCUUACGCCACUUGCUUGGGCUUGCGCGGCAGGACACGCUGACACCGCCAGAAUUCUUUACAGAUGGAACGCAAUGGCGCUUCGCGUGAGAGAUUGUCAAAAUAGAACGGCAACCGAGCUGGCUGCAGAGAACGGCCAUACGGCAAUCGCCGAAGAACUGAAUCAGCUUGAAGCCCGACGGCAAGACGAAAGGCUCUUCUUGCGACCUGCCAGCCCUAGUCCUAGAAGNCCAUCUCAAGACAGCGGUCUCGAUCUGGCGUUGUGUGGCUCGCCGCUGCUGGACAACAUGGAUUUGUUGCAAGAAGAUGAGUCGUCGUUAGGCCUCAGCGAACAGGGAAUGGAGAGCGCUCCGACCCCUCAGGAGACCGUAGGGGAAGAAGACGCGAGGGUGCUGACAUUGGCAGAGCAAAUUAUAGCGGCGCUACCGGAAAGAAUCAAGAGGGCGGAGGGUGAUUCUCCCUCUUCUUCCUCGCCACCACCACCCACGGCGCCUCUGUCACCUUUGGAAGACGCUUUAAUGGAGCAAAUGCCUCUCGAUUCCGGGNAACUGUUUGACUCGUAUCGCGACUGCAGCGGCGGCGCCGCUUCCGUCUCAGACGCGGACGCUGACGCGAGUCCGUCGAGUCCUUCCAGCAGUUGCCUGACGCCGGACUCACCGUCCCCGCCGCCUACAACCGCCGACUUUUGCGAGUUUCUGCAGCUGCAGCUGCAGCUGGACGGCAACGGNAACGCUCACGGUCAGUACUAUUCUUCAAACGGUGGCGAACNNAAGUUGAACGGCAUGAUCGGUUCNGCCGCNACCGGAAACGGCGACGGCAACGGCAACGAGGCGGAUCUGAGCAGACUGACGCUGUCCGAUCGCGAACAACGAGAGCUCUAUCACGCCGCCAGGAUGAUUCAAAAGGCAUACAGAAGUUAUAAGGGUCGCCAGAGACAGNAAGAAACCGAAAGGCACGCCGCUGUUCUGAUCCAGCAGUACUAUCGCCGUCACAAACAGUACGCCUAUCACAGACAAGCUACGAAGGCGGCUCUGGUGAUUCAAAANAACUAUCGAAACUAUCGCGCGCGACCAGGCUCUACCAGCACGAGGCAGCAGGCAGUUCAUCAACAGGCGGCCCAUCAGGCCNCGCGGAAGAUCCAGCAGUUCAUGCGGCAGUCCAAGAUUAAACUGCAGAACGCCAGGGCCGUCGCAAGCGGGAACGGGAGGCUGCCAGCGGUCACUUCACGGGCGGUUGCUGUCCGCCAAAGCUCGCCCUCAUCUAGCCCAGGGGCCAGCCUAGUAGUCGUCAGCCCGGAGGUCACCUAACUGACUGUCAAUCCAACGGCGCGCAGAAUAGCGACGACAAUUCGGCAGCGAAAUAACACGGUCACGAUGAUGAAAAGAGCGCAGUGAGAUGAACAGACGACGUCUUGGAAAUCGGCGACAACGCUCUGAGAAAGUAUAUACUUCAUCUUGCGACGCGAGGUCGUUAGCGCGACAACAAUUUACACCAAGCAACAACAACAACAACUACUACUACUACUACUAAUACUACCACUACGAGAGGGUACCAGACGUCCGACACGGAUGAUACGCUUUGUUCUCUGCGUCUCUGAUUGCGUGCNCCGGUUGUUGACCCACUUGAAGUCUUAUCUCAUAGUUAUUCCACUACCUUUUGUCCCCCUCGCACUGACAAUGAGUUCACACUCGAGCACUCGCGUUUCAUCCUCGACCGCUCAUUCGUUUCGCUUCUACUUGACUUGUACUACUUACCGCAUUCUCUUAUAUGCGCUCCCGCAUCUUCCUCUUACGUGUACGAUUGUAUCGAGCAAACGAGCAUUGAUUGAAAAACANAUGAAUCCUAUCAAGUAGGUUUUUGCUAGAAAGUUCGUGCGAGAUCGAUCGACUCNAAGCAUGCUUGUAGAAUAACACGAUUUUUCUUUCCGCUUAAUAUGUAAAAUAUAUCUAUGGUGUGUCCGUAUAUUUCUUCAAAAAUAUAUAGGAGAAANCGCUAAAGGAUCAGCUUUAUCCGGUUAUUUAACGUUGAUUCUCUCUGCUGCAUCGCGGCAACAUCGAGCGCCGAUGAACCGUUUUCCAUUAAUAUUUUAGUAAAUUNCCGUGUGCAUCGAGCUGAAUCGCACAAAACAAAAAAAUCGUUGUCCGCUUUCGUAGGUUUCAGAGAUAGUUCGCGAGGUUUGCUGAUGAAUUCUACCGAUCUGUAAAUGUUUUUUCAGAUGAAAUAUUUCUUNGAUAAGAGGCUCUUCGUAGAUACAUAGAGAUACAUAGUUCUUCUUUUAAUGACACUUAGUGAACUCUAAAAAGAUUUUUCGGGGCGAGAANAAAUGCGUUUAAAAAACUGAUUGUACAAACUUUACAAUGCUUACAGUACGGAAAGCGAACGAAUUAAAUGUCGCGCUUUNCUCAAUCUUUCUGCGUAUUGCAAACAAUUCAUAUUUACAAUUAAUAUUCGAAAAAUAAGAAAACAAUCGGUUGAAGUUAAUCUCUGCCUGAAGAAAAAUCUCGUCAGAUUUGGUGUCAUCAGUAUUAUAUUGCUCACAUCGACGUAGUUUUACCGUUUCCUAUGCGCGAAGAAAUAUUCAUGUAUACAGAUUGUUGCAUCUAUUUUUCCGACGUGGCGGCGGCGUCUAUUAAUCAUUACACACACGUGUGUGUGUGUGUAUAAAUUUACUUGUGCACAGAAAGCAUCUAAUAAUUUUUCUAUUCUUCUUCACAUCUAUGUUUUAUCAAUUGUCGCUUCUGAGUUUUACUCUAAAAACUGUUUUAAAUGAAACUGCUGCUAGGAUCAUAUUGACGAAGAAUGAUCCUUCGGCAGAAAAAGAAGGAGAAGAGUCUUUCUCGAUAAGAGAAAAAAACUUUGAAUUUUCACGCGUGAAUUCUUACAUCCGAGUUCGAUGUUUUUUGCGAGUUUGUUUGUUUGUUUGUUUUUUACUUUGAUUCGCGUGUUAGUCCACGAAGCUCACGCUGACGUUAAUGGACGAUCAGUUAAUGAAUUUUAUGAGCGAAGGUGAGAAAUCUAUUCUAAAACAAAAGUGUUGGUGAUUUAUAACAUUUUAACGGCAGACAAGCCAAGACUCGAAAAUACAGAAUUAAAAAUGGUCGAAUAUUCGUCACGAAUUGUGACAACCAAGGUCGUUGAUGCUUCACGAGAUUAGGUUUNUGAAUUUCGAUCGCUAUUAUGAUCGGUAUUAUUGUGUGCGUCCAUUUUUUUAUAUUUCUACCAAAGACGUAGUAGUUUAAAUUUAANUGAUUCACGAAGCUGGACACAUGCAUUCCUAUGGCUCAGCAUGACCGUGAUAGCGUGUUAACGUCGAGAAUCCAUUUGUACAUAUAGUAGAUGCGGAAGUACUGACGUUUAUUAA